AUGAAUGAACCCGAAAUCAGCAAUUCAAACGAGAAAAUAAAUGAAAGCAAUAACGAGAAUACAACUGAGGAAAAAGAUAGCAGACUUCUUCCAGUAGCAGACACGCCGAGUGGGUGGCCUGCUCCGCCACAAAGAAAGCCAAAGACUGGAAAAGAACGCAAGGAACAUUUUAUUAAAAAUCGAUCGUGGAAAGCCGCAGAGUCUAAACCAAGAUGGGAAGACAAGAAAGACGAUAGACCACAGCAGACAGGCGAAAAAGAACCGCGACUACCAAAGAAAAAGGUGGCUAUGCUUAUAGGAUUCAACGGCACGGGUUAUCAAGGAAUGCAAUCAAAUCCUGAUGCCAAGUCUAUCGAAGGCGACCUAUUUGAUGUUUUAUGCAAAGUUGGUGCAGUCUCAAAGGACAACUCAACUGAUCCUGGAAAAGUACAAUUAGUACGUGCAGCGCGCACUGAUAAAGGAGUGCACGCCGCUGGAAAUCUUGUUUCUUUAAAGUUAAUCACCGAAGAUCCUGAUUUGGUGACCAAAAUCAAUGACCUUCUUCCUGAACAAAUUAGGGUGUGGGGCUACGUCGAGACUUCACGUUCAUUUCAUGCAAAGAGUAGCUGCGACUCCCGUACCUAUGAAUAUCUCCUUCCUUCUUAUGUUCUGAUGCCGCCCCACAAGAAAGAGCUCAAAGACUCCCCUGGUGCAGAGGAUGAUAAAAAAUUGUUUAUAGGCGACAGUGAAAAAGUAUACUAUGUGGCUCGUAGUACACCUGAAGAAAUAAAAAUCAAAGAUCAAUAUCGAGUUGAAACAAGUGUAUUUGAAGAGUUCCGAAAAUCUCUUGAUAUGUUCAACGGAACUCACAACUUUCAUAACUAUACUGUGGGUCGCAGUUUUAAAGAUAAGAGUUCUAAUCGAUAUAUGAUGAAUAUUGAGACAUCCGAACCCAUGUUGAUAGAAGACACAGAAUGGAUUAGCGUAAAGCUCCACGGACAAUCAUUUAUGCUUCAUCAGAUCAGAAAGAUGAUAUCCAUGGCUGCAAUGAUAGCCCGUAGUAAAACACCUACCUCUUUGAUCACAAAGUCCUUUGAAGCUGACAGAAUAAACAUACCAAAGGCACCUGCAUUAGGCCUGUUACUGGAAAGACCUGUUUAUAGCAUCUACAACCGCAAGGCAGACAAAGCCAACGAGCAUGACAUUUUGACAAAAUCUCCUGAAGAAGCCAAACACCGGGAUGCUAUAGAUUUUGACAAAUAUAAGAACGAGAUCAACGAUUUUAAGGAAAAGUGGAUUUACAAAAAGAUUUUCGAGACCGAAAAGAACGAAAGGGUAUUCGAUGACUACUUUAUCCUUUUGGAUUCCACUCCUGUAACUGAUUAUAACUAUAUUAAUUCCGAAGGAGCUAUCCCCAAGGAAUGUAUUAUCGUUACAAAGCACACAUAG